AUGAUAUUGCAGUCAAUGUUUUCAGAGGACUCCACUCAGGAAGGACAGCCGACCGACCAUACUCAGCAGCUUAUCCAGCAGGACCUGGGUUUUCUUGUGCCACUGCUACAGAAGAAUCCGAAAUGUUAUUGGAUAUGGAAUCACCGUCUAUGGCUUCUACAACAAGCCACUGAACGUCUAAGUUCUGCUGUUUCGCGCAAGUUUUGGGAAACCGAGCUUGGUUUGGUAGGGAAAAUGCUUAAUAAGGAUGGACGGAAUUUUCAUGGCUGGGGAUACCGACGGGCGGUGAUCGAUGCACUUGAAAAUAUACCUGAUGGACCAUCCGAAUCUACGGGGAAGGAAGCCUUAAAAUCUAUGACCCAGGAUGAGCUGGAUUAUACCAUGAAAAUGAUUGGAACCAACCUAUCGAAUUUCUCCGCAUGGCACAACAGGUCUAGAUUGAUUCUCAAGGUCUUAGACGAAAGUGCAGCUGAUGAUGAAAAGAGAAAGAAGACUCUUGAUAACGGUUUGUCUCCCUUUUAUCUUCCCACUGUAUCAAAGUGCAUGACGUCUAACAAUAUACAGAGCUGA